AUGGCUGCGACUCAAAAAGCUCUCAUUAUUCAAGAAGGACACGUUGCCAAGGUCGUAACCGACGCACCCAUUCCCAAAGUGCGCCCUGGUUACGUCAAAGUUAAGACGGUAGCCGUCGCGCUGAACCCCACCGACUGGAAGCACAUCGACAGCGUCGGAGCUCCCGGUGGCCUGGUCGGUUGCGAUUAUGCCGGUAUCGUUGAGGAGCUAGGACCCGGUGUCACGAACUUCAAGGUCGGCGACAAGAUCUCGGGCUUCGUGUCCGGCGCCAACCUGAGCAACACGGAGGACGGCGCGUUCGCCGAGCACAUCGUGGCCAAGGCCGCCCUUUCCAUCAAGGUCCCCGACAACCUGACCCUGGAGCAGGCCUCGACGCUCGGCGUCGGCGUCAGCACCGUCGGCCAGGCCCUCUACCAGUCCUUAGGCCUGCCCUGGCCCACGGAGCCCGCCGAGAAGCCCUUCCCCGUCCUCAUCUACGGCGCGAGCACGGCGACGGGAACCCUGGCGGUCCAGUUCGCUAAGCUCUCGGGCUUGCAGGUCAUCACGACGUCGUCGCCGCGCAACUUCGAGCUGCUGAAGAGCCUGGGCGCCGACGCGACCUUCGACUACAACUCGCCGACGGUCGGGGAGGACAUCCGGGCGUACACGAACGACGGGCUGGAGUACGUGUUCGACUGCAUCGCGGAGGGGUCGUCGCCGGAGAUCGCGGCCAAGGCCAUCAGCUCCAAGGGCGGCAAGUACACGGGGCUGCUCAUGCUGGACAAGUUCCCGCGCGAGGACGUGGAGAAGAAGCACACGCUCGCGUACACCAUGACGGGCGAGACCUUCGUCAAGCUCGGCCACGAGUUCCCGGCCAGCCAGGCGGACUUCGAGUUCGGCGUCCGCUUCUGGAAGCUCGCCGAGGAGCUGCUGGCCCAGGGCAAGGUCAAGCCGCACCCGGCGGACGUGCGCGAGGGCGGGCUGGACCGCAUCCUCGAGGGGCUGGACGAUUUGCGGCAGGGACGGGUUAGCGGGAAGAAGAUCGUUUACAAGAUUUAG